AUGGCGUUCUGGGUGGACUGGGAGCUAUGGGAGAAGCUGAGCGUGAUACUAGCCAUGCUGAUCGCCCUAGUGCUCCUUUACGCUUUUUGCGUCCUCGGCUGGAAUCGUUGGAUGAUCAGCAAAUACGCCGCGACAGAGGCAAAAGAACGAGAGGCGGAAGCUGAGGUGUACCCAAUGCUGCAUAAGGAUGACAUCCCUUUCGGCGCCAGAGCUUUGGAAAGAGGAGUAGAAGUUGAAGGGAUCUGGGUUUCAGAUCCCAACACGCCCACGCAAAGUCCCUGCCAGCCUGCAACUCCAGUUCCAAGUCGGCCGACCAGUCCAGCGCCAAAGUCGUUACAUAGAGAGGUUGAUAACCCAAAGUCAUCGGCAGGAUCUCAGAGUCCUAUGAUCAACCCGAAGCCUAUGCCACCGGCUGCCCGACGUGAAGUCGUCUCCGAUAUCGACAUAGCCUCCGCAGGCUUCGUCUACGAGAACCAUAGAUCCGCUGGGCGCCAUAGUCGAGCUAGUCUGCCCAUCGAUCCAAGUGCCAUGCGCAUAUCACCCGCACGGGAGGAAUCACUGAUCGGCUUGAGGGAGACACCAGGCAGGGAAAAGCGUGUUAGUUUCCACACGCAGAUAUCCAAUAUACCCCCAAUCCAGACACGACGGACCACCGAUGAGUCAUUUUCUGGUCCUUCAUCGGAGGGCAAGCGAAGCUCACGAUCCAUGAAACUUCUCCGCCGGCGAUCAUCUGAAGAGUUCCGACGCAGGAUGAGCCAGAUCUUCAACGACAAUGUCCAGAUUGGGCCCCCAGCCGAGGAGCUGGAGUUCAAUCCGGAUCUACACCAGUACCAGGGACGGUUCCGGAAGUCGCUGCUUCGUCCUUUUCGUCCGUGGACCAAUCCUCCUGAAAAUCAACAGUAG